AUGGCUUGUACACAAUUUAUUCCUGCAAUACAAAUUGGUGCACCUAUUACGUAUUGGGGUCCAUUAGGAUUUGUUUUAACAAUAACUUUAAUAAGAGAAUUUUUUGAUGAUUUUGCAAGAUUUUUACGUGAUAGAGAAAUGAAUGGUGAGAAAUAUGAAAAAUUAACACGAGAUGGAUUUGUUACUAUAAAAAGUUGUCAAAUACAAGUUGGUGACCUUAUAAUGAUUCAUAAAGAUCGUCGAAUACCGGCAGAUGUAGUAUUACUAAGAACAUCAGAAAAACAAGGUGCUUGUUUUAUAAGAACUGAUCAAUUGGAUGGUGAAACAGACUGGAAAUUACGUAUUGCAGUUCCAUAUACACAAAAUUUGACUAGUGAUCUUGAAUUAAUGAAUAUUAAUUGUGAAGUUUAUGCAGAGAAACCACAAAAAGAUAUACAUGCAUUUGUUGGUACAUUUAAAAUAACUAAUGAUGAUAAUACAAUACAUGAUUGUUCACUAAAUGUAGAAAAUGUUCUUUGGGCAAAUACAGUUUUAGCAUCUGGACAUGCUAUUGGUGUUGUUGUAUAUACUGGUCGUGAGACACGUUCAGUUAUGAAUACAACUCUUCCUGAUUCAAAAGUUGGUCUUCUUGAUAUGGAAGUAAAUAAUUUGACUAAAAUUUUAUUUUUAUUUGUUAUGGUAUUAAGUGCUGUUAUGGUAUUAAUGAAAGGACUAGAUAAUAAUUGGUACAAAUAUCUUAUUCGUUUUGUUUUACUUUUUUCAUAUAUUAUUCCAAUAUCACUUCGUGUAAAUUUAGAUAUGGCUAAAUUAUUUUAUGCAUGGAUUGUUGGUAGAGAUAAAUAUAUUCCUAAUACAGUUGUUAGAUCUAGUACAAUUACAGAAGAAAUGGGAAGAAUUGCUUAUCUUUUAAGUGAUAAGACAGGGACAUUAACAAGAAAUGAAAUGAGAUUUAAAAAAAUUCAUCUUGGUACGGUGGCAUUUUCAACUGAUUCAUUUAGUGAUGUAACAAAACAUGUUGAAAGUGCAUAUAAAGGCACCUUAGGAAGACAUUCUUUUUCUGUUAAACUUCAAACGGCUGUUGAAACAAUAGCAUUAUGUCAUAAUGUAACACCUAUUUAUGAAAAUGGAACAGUAUCAUAUCAAGCUGCAUCUCCUGAUGAAGUUGCUUUAGUUGAAUGGACUGAAGUUGUUGGUGUAAGAUUAGCUGAAAGAGACCUAACUUCAAUGACUUUACAAUUGAAUAAUGGUGAAACUCGUGCUUUUCAAAUUUUACACCUUUUUCCAUUUACAUCUGAGUCAAAAAGAAUGGGUAUUAUAGUAAAAGAUCAAACUACAGAUGAAAUAUCAUUUUUAAUGAAAGGUGCUGAUACAGUAAUGAGUAAAAUUGUUCAAUAUAAUGAUUGGUUAGAUGAAGAAUGUUCUAAUAUGGCUAGGGAAGGAUUAAGAACAUUAGUAGUUGCUAAAAAAAGUUUGACAUCUGAACAGUUAGCUGAUUUUGAAAAACAGUAUCAUUUAGCUAAAAUGUCUUUAACUGAUAGAAAUGAAAAUAUGGCAAAUGUUAUAAAGAAAUUAGAAACUGAUUUACAAUUAAUUUGCCUUACAGGUGUUGAGGAUCGUCUUCAAGAUGAAGUUACACAAUCAUUAGAAUUAUUAAGAAAUGCUGGCAUUAAAGUUUGGAUGUUAACCGGUGACAAACUUGAGACGGCAAUUUGUAUUGCAAAGUCUUCAGGACUUUUUUCAAGAACAGACAAUGUUCAUGUUUUUGGUCAAGUACAAACACGAACAGAAGCACAUAGUGAAUUGAAUGCUUUAAGAAGAAAAAGUGAUGUUGCAUUAGUUAUGACGGGAUCUUCAUUAAAUGUCUGUCUUCAAUAUUAUGAAGCAGAAGUUGCUGAAUUAGUUUGUGGUUGUGUAGCAGUUGUCUGUUGUAGAUGUUCUCCAGAACAAAAAGCUCAAAUUGUUAAUUUACUUAAAAAAUAUAAAAGUCCUCAAAGAAUAGCUGCUAUCGGUGAUGGUGGUAAUGAUGUUUCAAUGAUUCAAGCAGCACAUGCUGGUAUUGGAAUUGAUGCAAAUGAAGGAAAACAAGCUUCAUUAGCUGCUGAUUUUUCAAUAACUCAAUUUAAACAUGUUUGUAGGCUUCUUUUAGUUCAUGGAAGAUUUUGUUAUAAACGAAGUUGUGCAUUAUCUCAAUUUGUAAUGCAUCGUGGAUUAAUUAUUUCUACAAUGCAGGCAAUAUUUUCGUGCGUUUUUUAUUUUGCUUCUGUCAGUUUAUUCCAAGGAUUUUUAAUGGUAGCUUAUUCUACUGUAUAUACAAUGCUUCCAGUAUUUUCAUUAGUUGUAGAUCAGGAUCUAACAGCAGCAAAUGCAUUAGCUUACCCUGAACUUUACAAAGAAUUACGUAAGGGAAGAUCACUUAGUUACAAAACAUUUUGUAUAUGGGUUAUUAUUAGUUUGUAUCAGGGUUCUGUAAUUAUGUACGGUGCAUUAAUAUUAUUCGAUUCAGACUUUAUUCAUAUUGUUUCAAUAUCAUUUACAGCUCUUAUAUUCACAGAACUUAUAAUGGUUGGAUUAACUAUUCAUACUUGGCAUUGGGCAAUGUUUGUUGCUCAGGCACUUUCAAUUUUCUUAUACAUAAUGUCAUUAUUAUUCAUGAAUAAUUUCUUCGAUCCUGAAUUUGUUCAAUCUGUUGUUUUUCUUACAAAAUCUGCAGUAAUAACAGCUGUGUCAUGUUUACCAUUAUACUUUAUCAAAUUACUUCGAAGAACUUUUUCACCUCCAUCAUAUGCAAAAGUUAAUUAA